UUACAUCCAUGGCGGAUCAACUAUCACAGCUUCAAAAUUUAGACUUUUUACCAGAAAACUUAAAUGUAGCGUUACUUGAUUUCCAAAGACAUGGAGUUCGUUUUGGUAUCAAUAACAAAGGAAGAUGUCUUAUUGGAGAUGAGAUGGGUCUUGGGAAAACCUUACAAGCCAUUAGCAUUGCUUACUUCUACAAAGAUGAAUGGCCAUUGCUUAUAGUUGUGCCAUCGUCCAUGAAAUACCCAUGGAUUGAAGAAAUUGAGAAAUGGAUAACAGAUUUAGAACCAGGGGAUAUAAACCUGAUACGUUCUGGUACUGAUAUCAGUAACAUCCCUACAUCCAAGAUAAGCAUUCUUGGUUAUGGUCUUUGUGGGGACAGAAGAUCAUCCAAACUCCUCGUCAAUGCAAUGAAAAAACAACAGUUCAAAGUUAUAAUUUUGGAUGAGAGUCAUUACUUGAAAAACAGGAAUGCUGGUCGUACUAAGCUGUUGCACCCUAUUGCUAAGAGUGCAAAGAGGGUCAUUCUGCUAACAGGCACUCCCUCGCUAGCCAGACCAGAAGAGUUGUACAUUCAGCUGGAUAUCGUUCGGCCUGGUGUGUUUGGAACCUUUUCUGCCUUUGCUAACCGAUACUGUGAGGCUCAUUAUGAAGAUGUGGGAAAGUUCCGCAAGUGGAACACAAGGGGUGCACGUAGAUUAGAUGAGCUUCACUACAGGUUGAGAAAUGGAAUGAUGAUCAGAAGGCUAAAGAAAAAUGAGCUCUUCCAAUUCAAAGCAGAAUUCAAGAAGCACCAUCGCACCAUAGAAGACAAGCAAGCAUCACCUAAAAAGAAAAGUGAAGCUUUCUUUGAGUUAAACAGACUUUCUACUGUGCUUUAUCACUAUACUGGAAUAGCCAAGGCUGGUUCUAUACAGCACUAUAUAACUGAUCUUCUUGAUGGCAUGGAAAACAAGUUUAUUGUAUUCUGUCGGCACAAGCAAGUUAUUAUGGCUGUCAUUCAACUGUUAUCCAAAAAACAUGUGAAGUAUAUACACAUUGAUGGCAGCGUUCCUUCUUCUGUUAGAGGGACACUGGUGACCCAGUUCCAGAAUGACCCAUUAAUACGUGUUGCAGUGCUUGCCAUUGAAGCUGCUUCGUUCGGAUUGACAUUAACAGCUGCUGAUCACGUGGUGUUUGCGGAGCUCCACUACACGCCUGGUGUGAUGAUGCAAGCAGAAGAUAGAGCACACAGGAUUGGACAAGUCAAUGCAGUCAAUGUCCAUUAUCUUGUAGGGAAGGGGACAUUGGACGAGGUCUUGUGGGGAAUGCUCAGGAAAAAGAUCUACGUGACAAGCAGCGCACUGGAUGGCAAGCUAGAUGAAUUACAUGCAGACGAAGGAGAUGAAGAAAUAUCCAAACAGUUAUCAGCCUGUGCAGCGUGGUUGAGAGAGGAAUCUGUAGACAAUGAUGAGGACUUGCAGGGAUACUUGUUUUCACAGAAACCAAAAAAAUCCAGGAAUAAAAUAGAGGGACACAAAGAUGUACGAACGUAUUUUACUCCACCAAUAUCAACCAGCAAACCUUCUGAAAUAUCACUCCUGGAUUCAGACGAGGAUAUGGUGGACGUCCCUUCGUCCCUUCCCUGCACGAAGAAAGAGUCUGUAGACAAUACGACUAUGUCAAUCGACGAUAGUAGUGAAGAUGGAAAUGACGAGUAUGAUGAAGAUGAGUUAGCCAGUAUGCUGGUAGAGGAGAAUGACAGCCCAAAUGAAAGCGAAACCUCGUCAAGCAAGACCGCUAAAGCUGAAAAGAACCUUUCUUCCUGUGACAAGAAUUCCAAAAAAGGAAAAAUAAUGGAGAAAAUAACGCAAGUGGCCCGCGUUAAGAACUCAAUCAAAGAUGUGAAUGCUCAUUUGUAUGAUUACAGCGAAGUGGUGGACAGCGAAGAGAUUUUCCAGUCUUACAUUGGUGAUAAUGAUGAUAAUGAUGACGACGAUACCGAUGAAGGGGAUGAUGACGAUGACGAUGACUUGAAAGCACAAAACCAAAGCUGUCAAUUAUCGUUGUCAUCAUCUUCUUCCAAUCUAAACAGCAGUUCUAGUCCAGAAAAUUCAGAAAAUGAUAAGAAACCUUCCACUUCGUUAAAAGAUCGGACGAACAUCGACAGAAGCAUCACAACCAAUCGUCCAGAUCCAGAAGAUAAAGAGUUUGAGACAACGAAGGAUGAGUCACUGGAACGAUCAAGAAAACGAAAUCCAUUCUCUCUCAGAAAUAAAGGAAUGAGUGACAAGAUAUUUUCUUCCAAGUUGUUGGAAAGUGAUUCAGAUGAUGACGACUUUGUUGAUCCGACGCCCAAAUCAUCUCAAGAACGAAAAUACGAACCAGUACCUAACACUUGCACCCAAAGGGAUAAGGAACCGGUCCUCAGUAACUCAUCUACCAAGUCUUUCGUCAAUGCAAAACAAACAUUACCUCUGAAGAAGAAGAAGAAAAAAUCAAAAACACGGGCGAGAACUUCCGAUGCAGCCCCAUGGUCUUGCGGGGCUUGCACGUUCAUCAACGAUCCACAGAUGAUAGAGUGUUCAAUGUGUUUUACUUCAAAACAACCGAAAAAACUAGUCGUUAAUAGCGAGGAAUCCAUCAAAACGUCAGCUGAUUUUAACGAGAAUGACCAAAAAUUAUUUGCCACCAAAAUCGAAGACAAAACGUCAGAUUAUUUUUCUGGAAAUUCUACAAAUACAGGAACUCCAGAAGACACUGAAGCUUCUACAAAUUCUGUUUUAUGUAAAGAUGAAAGUAGCUCAAUGGAUUUAUACCAGCCGUCUAGUAAACUAGAACGAGAAGAGGAUGAGAGAAACGACUUUAAGACGAAGAGCUCAUCUGUGUUUAAAAACAACUCUCCAACAAACUUGUGCGACGACGAAGAUUUAGACGACUUUAGUGGAUCAUUCUUGCAAUGGUCGUGUUCUGCUUGUACGUUGUUGAACGAUGCAAUGCUUAAUGAGUGUUCCGUGUGCAUGACGCCAAGAAGACGAAGCCAGAGAAAGACGAAAAGUAGAUGGUCAACUUGGAGUUGUGAGAAAAGACGACUAGAGAGAUACGAGAAGUCAUAUAAGAAACAAUCCAACACGCAGAAGGCUAAGGAGGACCAUGACAGCAAAAUGGGGAUAUCUACGGCGGAAGAAGAACACAGUGAAAUUGGUACUUGCAUUGAUGGAAAACUAACAGACCGACAAGAAGCUGCUCCUCCUAGUAAAAGUACCACCAAGUCAAGACAACGAACUCGAACUAGAAAGAAGCUGAAUAUGGGAGACCAAGUUGAGCGAACGUUGCUUGUCGAUGAGAAAAGCAUGUCUGUAGAUAAGGGUCAGAUAUGUGCGACUGCCGACAAGGUUGAGGGAAUGGGCGAGGAAAAAUGUAGGCAAAAUGAUGCGGAGGAAGGAGAACAAGUGUGUGAUAGGACAAUAAAGUCUGGAGAAGGACAUGAAGAAACCGAGGAAAAUCCUUUUCUACUGGAGUUUUCUGAUUCUGAUGACACCGAGGAUGACAGAGGCUCUCAUGUCAAGGAGAGCUUGUGUGGUACGAGGACAGUACACGUGGGGCGAGAAGGGAACAACAUGUUCAAUGGGACACAAGAACAAACAAUGAGAGGAGAAGAAAUCAUAGAUACCAGCGAUGAAAAGGACGGCACUAGUUGUGACCAUGGUUUAGGGAGCAAGUCGGUCAAGUUGGCGGAACAACAAGGACGAGAAGACAAUGAAGAUAUUCAUGACGGAAAGGAAAGCUCGAGUUGCGAAAAUGAUCUCUUAAAACCUCAUGAAGACAGCCAAUUGAUUAUUGCAGAACAACAAAAAACAAGAGAAUCCAUAGAAGACGAUGAAGACAUCCAUGACGGAAAGGAAUGGUUGAGUUGUGAAAACGAGCCGACAGAGCCUCAUGAAGACAGCAAAUUGACCAUCGCUGAACAACAAAAAACAAGAGGAGAAAAAACCAUAGAAGAAGAUGAAGACGUCCAUGACGGAAAGGAAAGGUCGAGUUGCGAAAACGAGCCGACAGAACCUCAUGAAGACAGCAAAUUGACCAUCGCUAAACAACAAAAAGCAAGAGGAGAAAAAUCCAUAGAAGACGAUGAAGACAUCCAUGACGGAAAGGAAUGGUCCAGUUGUGAAAACAAGCCGUCAGAACCUCGAGAAGACUACAAAUUAACAAAAAUUGCAGAACAACAGACACCGAGAGUAGAUAAAAACAUUGAUGAUGAUGACAAAGUCAUUCCGACCGAAAGGAAGAGCAUUUCCCCGUGUAACAAUGGCCAGCUAACUAAUUCUCCAGGCCAAGAUAAUUCAAAAAACACUGCAGACCAAAAAGAGAGCGAAAAGGAAGUCGUAAGUAAAGAACAAGACAACAUGACAGAACAGCAAAGACAGGAGAGAGAAGGAGUUAAUGUUGAAAGAAAAAAUUCAAAAAACACUGCCGACAAAAAAGAGAGCGAAAAAGUAGUCGCAAGUAAAGAAGAAGACAACAUGAUAGAACAGCAAAGUGGUGACACCGAGGACGACAGCUUGUCUAACACCAAGAAACCUGAUGAAGAAGAAAGUCUGCAAGAACUACAAGAAGCUGCUAAAGAAAUCUUCGGAGGUGAUGACGAUUUUGACGACUUGUCUAUGGAAAAUGAUUUUGUUAACGAUGUUGUGGUGAGAAAGCCCAAGGACCCUCCUGAGCCAAUCACGCUACAGUUCUCGCUGAGUUUGUACACAGACCGUGUAUAUCUUUAUGAUGAGAAUGAUCAUUUCUUACAAUCAAGCUUCACGAUGAGUGACGUAAAGAAUAAUAACAAAGACGACCUGCCCCAUAUUCUGCAGCAUGAAUACAAUUACAAACAAGCAAAAAGAAUAAUCCAGGAGUGGGAUAGGCUUGGAGUUCAACAAAAACGUACACUAUCAAAGUCGAAGUUGCUGUUUAUGAAUCCUUUCGAAGCGUAUCGCAUGGCCAGAGCUUUAAGAAGUGAGGAAUCUUCAACAAAUGUUCGACACCCAAGCAAGGAACUUCGACUUCAAAAAGUAAUAAACGCAGCGUUGGAAGUUGGAGGACAAGUUAAAUUAGUUACCAGAACACCAGCUACCAAGAAACGAAAACGAGCACCCACGGAAAACGAAGGCUCUACGAGUAACGUACGAAAUCCUGACGAGGGAACGACGAGUACUUCAUCUAAGGAGUUCUCCUGUGCGCAAGCUUUUGGACCCGAUGGGGUACCCCUUUGUCUUUACUGUAAGAAACCUGUUGAUUAUGGUACUUUGGGUAACGAUUGGGACUCUAGGUUUUGUUCUCAUGAUUGCAAAGAAAAUUAUCAGAUUCGUAUCAGUGGAACUGCAGUCAGGCGCACUCUCUUUGAAGCAGAGCAAGGAGUGUGUCAGCUGUGUCACUUUAAUGCUCAUGUGUGUUUUCAAGGCGUUAAGUCGCUUCCGAAGAAGGAUCGGCGCGCGUUCCUGGAGAAAAGUGUCUACUCUGACCUCCCCCCACAGUUACUGAAUCGUAUGAUCGUUGAUCCAAAGGAGGGAAUGUUUUGGGAGGCUGAUCACAUCGUUGCCGUAGUUGAAGGAGGAGGGGAAUGUGGCAUGGAGAACUUUCGAACACUGUGCGUACCUUGUCACAAGAAAGUCACUAGAAAACUACUACAACGUCUGAGAACAAAACGACAAAGACUAGAUGUUACUGGGUCUCAAACUAUAUCGACUUUCCUAAAGUCAAAGAGCUGAUAUUGGUGUUUUAUAACUGGUACCUAGUUCCUUCCCUUCACCUUGAGCCAACAGACAAACAGGAUGCGCGAGAACCUGGAACCAAGUUAGUAUCUUGUCAUAGCUUUUUAAUGAAAAUGUUUCCCUUUUCGUUCUCUAACUCUGAGGCAAGUGACAGGCAGGAUUUUUGAGAGCCUGAGACCGAGGUAGUGUCUUGUCUUUGCUUCAUUCAUGGCUAACGCAAAUCUGUCUAUAUCUUGUUCUUGUACAAGAUAAAACGACUUAAGAAAAUGAAUAUUACUGAUUGACCGAACGAAACUGUUUCCCAGCACCUUCUCUUCACUGUGAGACCAGAAGUAAGUGGACUGGAAGUGAGAGAGCCUGGGACCGAGGUAGUGUCUUGUCUUUGCUUCAUUCAUGGCUAACGCAAAACUGCCUAUAUCUUGUUCUCGUACAAGAUAAAACGACGUAAAAAACUGAAUGUUACUGAUUGACCGAACGAUAAUGUUUCCCAGUUCAUUCUACUCACUCUGAGACCAGUGAUAAACGAGAAGGGACAGACGCUGGAACCGAGGUAGUGUCUUCUUUUGGACAAGAUGAAACGAGGUCAAACUAAAAUACUUCUUAUAGAAACUUCCUAAAGAAACAGUUAAGGUUUCAUAGUGAAUUUAUGUUAACGUUGAUUGCAAUUGUUCUGAAAACUGAGGUUUUUAGUACCUAUGAAGAGACUAGGUGCCUAAGAUCAUUUCUGUGUUUUUUAAACAUGGUAUGGAUGGUUGUGCUUCGGAGCGCGAAAUUUGCGGUUUAUUAAAAGAAAGAAGAAGGACGUGCAUAGACUGGAGUUCAGUUUCUGAAUCGAAGUCCGGGCUUCCCUUUCUCCGUAGCUGAUAUAUAAGAGGAGAAGGAGCUGAGCCCACCAAAUGACUCCUUUGUUCCAGGCCCCUCACUACCAGCAACAGAGGUUAGGCAUGGAAGAUAAUUUGCGCUUUGGAAUUUAAAUGAACUGAUCAUGAAUUUUAGACAAAGAGUAUUUCACAGUUAAGUAAAGUAUUCCUGGUUAAACGAGAGACUUAAUACCAAUAAUCUUAAUAACAAUAGUCCAGUUUCGAAUCCAAAAUUACCGCUGUGUUUCUUGAUUACAGACUCAUUUACACAGGGUUAGCCUCGUAUCAGUCUUUCAUUUUCACAAAUAACAACGGUAAAUUAAAGAAUGCACAACUUCAACAAUACAAACACUUUGAAACUCGAUGGACCUUGACUGGAAUACGUGAAUAUUCUGCACAAAGCCGAGGCUAACCCUGUGUAUAUGAGUCUGUGAUAAAGAAACACAGCGGUAAUUUUGAUUCGCAACCAGUUUAUACGGACGGUUACGGUUAAAAUAUUUUAUUAUUAUUAAUAUAUUGAAAAUAUAUUGAUAUAUUGAAAUUAUUUUAUGAAAUGAUAUUAUAUUUAAUAAGUAACA